UCACACAUACUGCCUCAGAAUAAAUGGCAUCACCACCCUCUUCAUCUCCGACAUUCUCAGUGCGGCGUUGCCAGCCUGAACUGAUUACGCCGGCGAAGCCAACACCUCAUGAACUAAAGAAACUUUCAGACAUAGAUGAUCAAGAAGGGCUGCGUUUUCAAAUUUCAUUUAUAAUGUUUUAUUGUAGUAUUCCAUCCGUGGAAGAAAAGGACCCUGUGGGUAUCAUCAGAGAAGCACUAGGGAAAGCACUGGUGUUUUACUACCCAUAUGCAGGUAGGAUUAUACAAGGUCCUAACAGGAAACUAAUGGUCGAUUGCAAUGGGGAAGGGAUCUUGUUCAUUGAAGCUGAUGCUGAUAUAACAAUUGAACAGCUUGGGGACUCAAUACAGCCUCCUUGUCCUUGCAUUGAAGAACUUCUAUAUGACGUUCCUGGCUCUGCUGGUAUCCUUGGUUGCCCUUUGCUGUUAAUUCAGGUGACCCGUUUGGCAUGUGGAGGAUUUAUAUUUGCAAUACGCACGAACCACACCAUAAGUGACUCAUUUGGAUUGGCUAAAUUCUUGAAUGCAACUGCUGAAUUCGCAAAAGGAGCAACAAAACCUUCCCUAUUCCCUGUUUGGCAAAGAGAACUCUUAUUUGCUCGAAACCCACCUCGAGUAACAUGUGUGCAUCACGAAUAUGAGGAUACUAACAAUAAUACCAGAAAUUAUUCUAUGCUUCCGGCAAACAUGAAAAUUGUGAAUCUCACACUUACAGAAAUGCGGCAUUCAGUUGAAAGUGUGAACGUGAGAAAGGCCAACAACACAGUAAUAACUUUGGACCAGCCAAACAUGGUUCAUAGUUCUUUCCUUUUUGGCCCUAAAGAGACGAGAUCAUUGAGGAAGCAUCUUCCUCCCCACCUUCGAAACUGCACAAAUUUUGAAAUGAUCGCUGCAUGUAUGUGGAAAUGUAGGAUACUUGCAUUUGAACUUGAUCCCACUGAGGUUGUUCGCCUAUCAUGUAUUAUGAACGUAGGUAUUGGCAAGCAAGGUUUGCAGAUGCCUCGUGGAUACUAUGGCAAUUCAUUUGUUUUCCCUGCAGUGGUUUCAAGUGCUCAAUUCUUGUGUAAAAAUCCAUUAGGGUAUGCAGUUGAGCUGGUGAGGAAAUGCAAGAAACAAAUGAAUGAAGAGUACGUAAGGUCAGUGACAGACCUUAUGGUGAUUCAGGGACGACCAAACUUUGUUACUCGUUGGAACUUCCUCGUUGUUGAUACAAGUCGUUCUGGGCUUGCAGAUAUUGAUUUUGGAUGGGGAAAGCCAAUCUAUGGAGGUCCUAUUGGUGGCUUUCCUUAUAUAAGUACUUUUGCAAGAUUCAGAAAAAGAAAUGGGGAGGAUGGGAUUGUAGUUCCAAUAUGGUUGCCCAAACCAGUCAUGGAAAGAUUUAAACAUGAGAUCCUGAAAAUGACUCAAGAAUCCACAGGAAGUUUGGAUGAUACCUUGAAGACAAGAAUUGCAUCCAAGCUUUAAGAAAUCAAAAGCAUUACUAGUGGAGCAUCGGCCAGGGGUGACUUCCAUUGUUCUAAUCAUCGCACUUAGUCCUUGGGUGUUCUUAGUCCCUUAUGUAACAAGAAAAUAAUAUAUAUAUAGUUUUGCUAAUUAAAUAAAUGUUCCAUCCAUUUUUUAUGA